UAUACGUCCCUGCAAACAGUAUGUAUGAUGUGGCACCGAGUAGUACGAUGGCAUUGACCUUGUUGGCGUCUCCUCUAGGUUCCACGACUUGCGUAGCCCAUCAGUAACUUUUCUCCAUGACGACUGCACCUCCAAGAGCCCUUGACCCGCUUUCCAUGUUGGUGAAGGCGACGCGGAGCGGGUAAAUGUUGUUCUGGUGUUCGCUGGCACUAGUAACGUUCGACCCACACGCUUUCCUCCGAGUCGCAACAUGAAAGACCAAAUGCAGGUUGCGGGAUCUCUGCGUGGGAUUCAUUGGAUAUCCUCUUGCUGCAGUGACUAAUCUCUGGCCGAUCUCGGACAUUUUGUCAGUGAGCAUUCUCCACGUCAGGCUUCUAAGCCUACUACCGCCAUGCCAGGGGAGGUUAUAAAACUAGACGCAAUGGGAAUCGUAUUCUCGCUUCUUACUCAUGGCUCCAAGCUCUUUGCAAGGCUUCUAUGGCUACACUGACACUCUGUCCGGUGUCUUCUACGGUCCAGGGUCUGUGUCUACCGCACUGCCGACUCUUCUUUCGACGCUCGGAGUGCGGAAAGCACUGGUAGUGACCACGAAGAGUCUUGUUAACAAGACGGAUGUGGUUAGAAAAAUUGAGACAAUCCUCAAGGACAAUGAGGCCUACGGUACUACCUUCUACGAGAUUGGAGAGCAUGCUCCAGUCGCAGGCAUACGGCGCGGUGUCAAGGUUUUUCAUGACUACGAGUGCGAUGUUAUUGUCUCUGUCGGAGGGGGGUCCCCAAUCGACGCAGCAAAGGCUAUCCUCCACUACAACCAGGAAGAAACUGGUGGUCCUUCAUGCCUUCAGAUAGCCAUUCCAACAACUUUGAGUGCCGCAGAAUACACAAUUGGUGCGGGCUUUACAGAUGAUCAGGGUCAUAAAGUUGGGGUAACAUCCCCGAAGCUUGCACCCGCGGGAGUCAUACUGGAUGCAGAACUGACUUUGUCGACGCCAGAGCGUUUAUGGCUGUCGACAGGUAUUCGUGCGCUUGACCACGCCGUUGAGAAUUUGUAUAGAAACGAAACACCUCAUCCCCUUAAGGUGCUAUGCUACGCUGCAAUUGCGGACCUUUUCACAAAUCUCCCGGCAUCGAAAGCUAACCCGCAAGAUGUUGUCGUUCGCCAAAAGCUGCAAAUUGCAUCCUGGAUGAGUCUAUGGCCAUUGAAGCUGGAACGGUACAGUCCAUUGGGGUUGUCGCAUGCUCUAGGCCACCGGUUGGGAGCGACGUACGGAAUCCCGCAUGGUAUUACAUCGUGCAUCACACUGGCACCAGUGGUGGCGCUCAAGGCGGAAAUAGAAUCGAAAGAAAACAAAGAGGCACUUUCCGAGGCGUUGCUCUAUCUGCAUCGUCUUACGACAGGCGAUCUGGAUCAGGAUGUGUUGCUGCUUUCACAACUCAUACAAGAGUUGGUGACCUCACUUGGACUGAAGUCAAGCCUGGAAGAAUACAAAGUGCCGAAAGAGGACGUAGAAAAGAUUGCAGAACUGGCACUCGGUGGCAAAGAGCAGGCAGUGCAUGGCAAGGUAGUCGCUGUAUUACAGGGUCUGUAUCCGAGCGGGGAAUUGUAA